AUGGCUGUCAACGGGAAAGUCAUCGAUGGUACUGAUGGCAAGUAUGUUGCCGCGGGCAUCGACAUGAGUGACCUGUUCCCUGCCUCAUUUCCUACUGAUGUCAAGACGGUCCACCUGGAGACUCUCUCUCUGGCAAAGCUCUUGGAAAGAGACGAAAAUGAACUACGGCGCAUCUACGACAAUUGCAAGAACCCGGGUUUCUUCCAGCUCGACCUCACUGACGAUGAGCAGGGCGUUCAGCUCCUGCGAGACGCUGUCGACUGCGCUCGUUUGAUGAAAAGGCUUCUGCCCAACAUGAGCGUGGAGGAGAAAAGGACUUACAAGCAGCACACCCGAGUUGGUGUUUAUAGCAAGGGAUACCAAGUCUACGAGAUCCUACCGAAUGGACAACCCAAGUAUAAUGAGACGGUCAAUUUUCCGAUGACGGAGAUGCUAGGCUACGGCGGUGCCCCUGUAGACCUUCCUGACUGGCUCAGCCCGCACCAGGAGCUCUUUCAGCGGACCAUGCGAAGUGGGAACAAAAUUGCCAACAUUGUCCUGGCUGCCCUUGAGGUGGGACUGCAGGUGCCGCCCGGCGCACUCACCGACGCGCACCACAUCCAGGACCCCUCAGAUGAUUUCCUCCGCCUGCUGCGCUAUCCAGGUCUGCAGCCCGAUCAGCCGCGCGACGACCUUCGUUUUCCUGCCCAUAAGGACUUCACUUCGCUUGGCAUAUUGUUCACCUGGCUGGGGGGGCUUCAGCUACCUGCCUCGGCGGCUGCCCCUAGCAUCACGUCCGGCACCAUGACGGGUCCCUUGGACAUCAUCGAGGAUUCCUGGCGCUGGGUCAAACCAGUGCCCGGGACUGCCAUUGUCAACGUUGGCAACGCGCUCGAGAUUCUGACCAACAAGGCGCUGACGUCGGGCCUGCAUCGCGUGGUACGAGCGCCCGGUGAACAGGUGCCGUUCGACCGCUACAGUGUCCUGAUUGGCACACGCCCUGCCAACAAUUUCUCCAUGAAACCGCUGCAGAGCCCGCAGAUCUCACCCGUCUUGGAUCCUUCCGCUGCUGAGAUCGCCAAGAUGACCAGCGGCCAGUGGGGGACGCACAAUAUCGGCAGCUUCAACAAUUGGGUAAAGGCACGAAAGGAGCGCCAGGACGUUCUCAUUAUCCCGUGAGAAUCUCGGGCAGCACGUCAGACCCCUCACAGUGAGGUUACAUUGCAUUUUGUAUCAACUGAGA